AUGAUGCAAGUGAUGCCAAUUUUGGUGGCCGACAAGUCUGCGCUGCAAGCAGGAGAGGCGGGAGACCUGGCUGCGCUCCGCGUGCGUGCGUUCAGGAUGUACGCAGCCUUCUACAAGGCGUUUCUGGGUGUCAGCGGACACACGGACUCCUCUCUCCGCCAUCGCCCGUGGACACGCCAUCAAGUAUGGAGUAUAAUCCGGGCGCUGGUCGAGAUGCAGGCGUAUCCGGAUCAUGCAUCGCAUUGGCGCUUUCCAAAGAUUCACAUGAUUGUCCACAUGGUGGACAAUGUGAUCAUGCGCGAAAUGCCGCACCACUACAGCACGGAGAUGUGGGAGCAUACCCACAAGGGGACGGUCAAGAUCCUGGUCAGGGGCAGCAAAUGGAAGGACAUCCCCCGACGCAUCGUGGAGGAGGAGGUGCAGAGAGAGAUCUGCAGGGAGGUGGCACAGGACGCGGGUGGCGGGCGUGAGUAUGCGACGGCGCUGUGCGAGGCUGUUGAGACGAUGAAGCCCGUGCUCACGAGGAAGGGACUCACAAUGUGGCCGGCGGAGGAGGGAGAUGCGGUGAUGGGUACCUACCGUACGGCACUUGGCGACCUCAUGGAUGCGCUACCAGGCAGCAUGGUGGCUGCCAAGAUCACCGCAUCUAAGGUCGUGGCCCACACCGCGGUGGCGAUUCCGCGCACCAAAGGCGGAGCACUGGUCCCCAAGGGGGCGUUCAUCAAGGCAAGCCCCAAGCACUCUGACUUUGCAGUGAAGUCAGGCAAGAAGGAGGAGUGCACAGUGGAGGGGUUUGUCGUGGAGGAGCUGACACGGGUGAAGGUUGUGCAGACAUUUGGCGUGAUGCCGGCUGCUGCGUUUUCUGCGAUAAAUGGUGUUGUGGACACAUUGAAGGCAGUUUUUCGGACGUGGUUUCGGCGAACGGCAGUCACGAGCACGGAGUGGACCCGUGCGGGCAUUUUUCCACAGCCGCCGCUGCACGAUGUCCUGUACAAGCUGUUCAUGGCGUGCAAGUUGACGAUGCCGGGGACAAUCCAGAGGAGUUGGUGGCGGGCCGGUAGCGUGCCGAAGGGCUGGCUGUUGCGGAUGGACAACUUGAAAGGGAAAGCUGCGGCAGGGAUGUUUGACGGUCUGGUACUGCAGUUGACGAGGCUGCAGCUGGUGAUUGAAGAGUUCAUAUGCAAGUGCAGCAGCACGGCGUUUAUGACGGCGUGGGAUUUCGUGGGGUGUGACGAAGGCCUGAUUGAGAAGUGGGCGCCAGCGAGGGGUUUCGAGGACGAGUCCGAGGAUGAGAUUCCGACAUAUUUUUGCAUUCCGGAGGGGCCGCUAAUGCGCGACAGCCGUAGCUGUCGUCGCGUGAGCCGCAUGGUCCAUGAUUGUUUCGUGAAGCAGGCGGAGGCAUUGGGUAUUCCACCGCGCGACGUGCCAGAGGAGGCCGGAGUGGUGAAUGAGGAGGUGGUGAGCCGCCUUCAACGCACGCCCACUAAGCGCAACCGGAUGGGCCGCUAUAGUGAUGAGGGGAUCACGUCUCACGCGUCGGAUGAGGCAGGCCAAUCCCGGAAGGCAGGGGUGCUGUUCCCAGUGGAGGAUGACAAAGAGAGCGUCGUACGCUUGGUCAAGGGCUAUAGGGUGGCUAUGCUUUAUCAUUGUGGUAUGGGGGGGCUGAACAUAGGGAGCACUAUGUGA